AUGGAAAGAAACUACGAGGGAGCUAUCCACCGCUUAAACACGAGGCGAGCGAUCGCAAAACCAAACCUGGAUGACAUGCGUGGCUCAGAUGACAUGGUGGAAUGGUUAAGGCUUCUUGGCCACUCGACGGGAAACAUGAGCCGCUUGAACGUUAUACACAUCGCCGGGACGAAAGGGAAGGGUAGCACUUGUGCAUUCAUCGCAUCCCUUCUUAAAGCGCACGGCGAUGACAGCGGAUACCCUCAGAAAAUAGGGUUAUACACAUCCCCACACAUAAAGGACAUACGUGAGAGAAUUCGUAUUAAUGGUGAACCGAUAUCGAAGGAUCUUUUCACUAUCCGCUUUUUCGAGGUCUGGGACAAGCUGCCGAGCAAAGCUACAGACAAGUUGGAUAUUCCGCGUUACCUUCAACUCUUGGCCCUGCUCUCCUUUCAUGUAUUUAUCAAGGAGAAGGUAGACGUAGCAGUUUACGAGGCUCACUUAGGUGGAGAAUUUGAUGCAACGAACAUCAUAAAAAUGCCGACCGUAACUGCCAUUACUUCAAUUGCGAUGGAUCACGUCAAUCUACUGGGACCAACGAUUGAACGUAUUGCUUGGCACAAAGGAGGAAUUUUCAAGUCAGGGAGCGUUGCCCUUUCAGCCCCCCAGGAACGUGCUGUUGCGGAAGUACUCCAAGAACGAGCUGACGAAAAGGGAGUCCGACUCGAAUUUGUCAGUCUAGACAGUACAAUUCCGAUCAAUGCCCUAAAGCCGGAACCUCAGAGAUUAAACUGCUCCCUAGCUCUUGCAGCCGUUCGCGCUUGGCUAGCUAGAAAGGCACCUGGACUGGGUAUCACUGAUUAUAGCAUCGCCAACGGCAUCGAGCAGUUUUACUGGCCGGGACGGUAUCAGCAAAUCAUAGACCGACAUUACCAGUGGUUUCUUGACGGAGCGCACAAUGAACUAAGUCUUCGGUUAGUUGUGGAAUGGUUCGCGAAGGCAGCGUCGGAAUAUCAAAGCUCAUAUGACGAAAGGCAAGAUGGCCGAGCCAGAAUUGACAGAAAUCUAGGCAAUCGCUUCUCGCCAGAACUUCAAAAGAGUUAUGCAGAUUUUUGGGAAGAAUUCGAUCGAACGGCAACAGUAUCAUGCGAACGGACAAUCGAGGAAGCUUUGCACCAAGCUAGGAAAAUUGGUGAUGAGAAUAACGGCAUGCAAGCUUUGCUAACAGGAAGCCUGCACCUAAUCAGCGGGGCGCUCUCCCUUCUGGAGUCGGCUGGCUCCUCCUUGACAAUGCGAAAUUUCGUCCUAACCCAAUGUACACUGCGAGCCGGUGGCUUCUCAGUUGAAUCCGAGGCAAGAAUAACUGAUGCUGACACGUGA